AUGAGGUUCGCCACGGCUGUCAUCGCCUUCCUCUCCGCCGGUCUCGCACCGGCUGGUGCCAGCGUUCUCGUCCAGAGGGACCAAUCCGUCAUCGUUAACGACGGCCUCAAGGUCCCCGGUGACUCUCCCCUUGAGCUUUGCGAUAAGGAUCACAACAGCGACAUUGUCAAGAUCGACAGCGUUGACCUUUCUCCCAACCCUCCUCAGGCUGGCAAGGAGCUUGUCAUCAAAGCUUCCGGCACCGUCAAGGAGAACAUCGAGCAGGGCGCCUACGUCCUCCUGCAGGUCAAGUACGGCCUCAUUCGCCUCAUCAGCACGAAGGCAGAUCUGUGUGACCAGAUCGAGAACGUCGACCUCGAGUGCCCUAUUGAGAAGGGAGCCCUUAGCAUCGUCAAGUCUGUCGAGCUUCCCAAUGAGAUUCCUUCUGGCAAGUACACUGUUCUGGCGGACGUUUACACCGCCGAUGACAAGCCCAUCACCUGUUUGACCGCGUCUGUCGUCUUUUCUCGCAGCAACAAGAAGAGCUUCUUCAGUCUCGAGCUCUAA